GCCCUCCCUCCGACACGCUGGCACCAUGCUGCCCGCGGCCGCCGGGCCUCCCCCCUUUCCCCAGUUAUUUUUAUCCCCCCAAACACAUUUCAUCCUGUCCUAUUUUAAGCGGAGCAGUUGGCGCACCAGGAGCCCAGUGCCCGGUUCCUGGGGGCCCCAGACUGCCUGGCUGCCCAGGGGAGCGGGGCCGGGGACAUGCCCAGGGAGGCUGCAGAAGGUAGGCUGGCAGCAGCGAGGGGUGCGGGUCCCUGGCACCCAAGGCAGCUGUGACGCAGGGGCUGCUCAGUGGCAAUGGCCAAGUGCUGCCCACCCCACAGGGAUGCCAGCCCAGGGAGGGAGGGGGUGUGGAGUGCUGCGGGACGGAGGGGACAGCAGGCUGCAGGGGGCAGGCGGUGGGGGCAGCCUGCGGUGAAGGGCUGGACCCAUGGUGCUUGCAGGGUGCUUUGGGGGUCUGGGAGGCCUCAGACCUGACAGGUGCUGACCUGGUGCACACCAGCCCCUUGGAGCCCUGUGGCCCCAAUGCAGCACCAGCCCUGGACCUGGGAGUGGGCGCAAGCCACCAGCCCUGCCCACUGCUCACAACCGUUCAAACGCCACGGAAAUAUCCCCUCCCUCUGCUCCAGCUGCUUCCCGAGACAGUGUUGAGUGGGCUGGAGCCCUGCGUGCUGCCCUCCCCAUUCUCUGGGCACAUGCCACUGCAGCAUGGGGCACUGGACCCCUGGGCCAGCAUGAGACCCACUCCUCCCACUGUGCAUCCCUGAGCCCUCCGGCACGGUGCCAUGGGUACCACCAACCCUGGUGACAGCCUGGUACGGGGUUGCCCACACCCACAGGCUCGAGGUGGCCCCAGGUACGCUGGGACAGGAGCACAUUGCCACCCUGCGCAGCUGCCAGCUGCACUAACGAGGCUCUGGGACUGAGGUCACCGGGCUCCUGCUAACUGCUUUGAUGACAGCGCGCGGCGGCUGGGGGACAGCCAGCACUGGUCUGGCCCCACCCUGGGAUCAGCGGGCCUGUGACAAGGAGCGCUGGGCCAGCACCAGGGCUGACAUCACUUCUGGGAGGGGUCAUUGCAGCUGGGGGCCUCUGAUCACCUCAGGGGUACUUGAGAUACGCUCACCCCUUUCCUUGCUCCCAGCAGACGGUGUGGGCAGGGCGGAGGGCACCGUGCCAGCAGAGCCCGCCGACCCCGAUGGGAUGGACCCAGGAGCCAUCAGCCUGCACCCCGUUGCAUCCAUCAGCGACCUGCACUGCGCCUCGGCCGGGCACAAGGGCACAGAAGGGAAUGGCCCGGCUCCAUCCAGCAACCGGCUGCACCGCGCGGCCCGCGGUCCCCAACACCUGCCCACGCUGCGCCCUGUGCCGCCUCCCACCAUCUGCCCCUGCCCCGGGCACCCCUUCUUCCUCACCCUGCUGGGCCUCCUGGCGCUGGCCAGCCUGGUCCUGGCCGCACUGGCCGUCUACCUGAGCGUGCUGCAGAGCCAGUCGGUGCAGGCGCUGGCCCAGUGGCUGGAGAGCCAGGAGGACGCCAUGCGCCAGCUGCGGGCGGCCAGCGGGCAGCUCUGGGCUCGCCUCAACGCCAGCACCCAGCGCCGCUGAGCAGCCCCACGGAGCAGCCCCUUACGGAUCACCCC